GUCGAGCUCCGACGAGUUCGACGCCUCGGUCUCCAACCUCGACGUUGCUCAUGCCCGCAGCCACCUCCAAAAAAGAUGGCCUAUCGUCCUCCUCGUAGAUUCCGCUCCAGAUCUCGUGAUCCCAUGGUCUCGUCACUCUCUCGCCCCCUAUGCAACAAACCAAUCACAUGCACACCAGCCAUUCAUAUUAAUGCCUGACCACACGCCCGAACCUUGCACGCUCAAUGUCCCAACUGCAGCGCCCACGGCGGCGACACCUCCGGACCCUCUUCCUCUGCAGCGCCCACGGCAACGACACCGCCGGACCAUCCCAACUGCAGCGCCAAUGGUAGCGACACCGUCGGACCCUCUCCAUAUGCAGUGCCCACUGUAGCGACACCGUCGGACCAUCCCAAUUGCAGCGCUUACGGCAUCGACAUUGCGGGACCAAACAACACCAUGACUUUGCCACCUAUAGUUCUAACAAUCAAUGUGCUCCAAUUCAACCACCUCUCGCCAAGCCACGCCAAAAACCGUCUCUGCAAAUUUGGCUCAUCUUAUCCAAACUCUUGGUUCUCUAUCCAUUGUAUUAAAGAAACAAAACAAGUGGAAGUAGGUACAGUGGAGAGCUUCAAGAGUUUGCGAGGAGAAUCAGGAAACAAGAAUGUGGAUCCAGUCUACAGUUACAAGAGGAGGGUGCCUCUCGGACCUGAUCCGAUUCAUAAUAGGAAAGAGAGAAAGUCAUUGCAAAUUCUCAGAAAAGACUAGCAUUGGGCCAAGUGAAGCUCCCCUCAACACUUAUUAGCCAAAAAUUGCCUUUUACUUUUCCAAAUCUCUCAACUUUUAUAAGGGACUGUUGCUGAAAGAAGAAGGGCCAAAGCUUCCUAAUCAAGAAAAGAUGUGUCCAAAGAUUCUUUAGAAGCAUAUAGAUGAAGGCUUUUGCAGUGAUUUGCUUUAGUAGCUUCCUUUUAUUUUUGUUAAAGGGUGAGUAUUUUUGUAAGGAAUGAACCAUCAGUGUGCUACUUUUCCUACUAACAUUUAAUUAAGCUUUUGUUUCCCUAA